AUGGCUGCUCGUAAGGAACUUUACAUCUAUGUCUUUGGCGACCAGACCUAUGACAGCACGGAAGCGUUGCGCAGUCUCAGCCAAACACACAAUGACCCCCUGCUUAUGGACUUCAUCGAACGCAGUUGCGCCGUGCUCAAGCGCGAAAUCGCACAACUGCCCUCAGCACAACAAUCGCGAUGCCCUCGCUUCGCCAAAAUCGUAGACUUACUGUCACAAUCCCGCGCAGGCGCCCUCAACCCCUGCAUAUCCCAGGCUUUGACCUGUAUAUCCCAGUUGGGCCUCUUUAUUCGCCAGCACAGCAGUGGCUGCCAAAUAUACCCAACUCCCGAGCAGUCAUGCCUUGCAGGUGUAUGUACGGGUGCGCUUGCUGCAGCGGCAGUGAGCUGUGCUCACAGCGUGUCCAGCUUGGUGGAGCCUGCUGUUCACGCCGUGGCUAUUGCCGUUCGUCUCGGAGCUCUUGCUUGGGAUGUUUCUAGCAGAAUCGACAACGACGAUGAGAACUCAGGAGGCUCUGCCAGCGAAUUCGCCGCUUGGUCAUAUGCUGUUGCAAGCUCAAGUCCUAAAGCCCUUGCCGAUGCUUUGAAGCAGUACGCUGCCGAGACUAGGCUUCCAAUUGUUUCCGUUCCCUACAUCUCAGCGAUCGUGGGGCCAACCCAAACAACUAUUUCCGGGCCCCCGGAUAUUGUUACCGAUUUCCUGGCUUCACCAAUGGGAAAGGGCGUUGCGCCAACCUGUAAAAUUCUCCCUAUCGCGGCUCCGUACCACUCAGCACUCCUCUACAGCGAACGAGUUAUCGAUCAAGUCUUGUCGGUUCUACCCAAGAGCAAUCUGCCUCGCAGUAGAAUUCCGGUAGUUUCCACUGGCGCCGACUGUCAAGAAGUUAUCAGCCGCUCCACUCUUCGCCACCUUCUCGAGGAGGCGGUGCGAGACUGUCUUCAGCGGCAAAUGGCCUUGGACCGGCUCCCCGAACGUCUUGCCCAGCACGUCAAGCAUGCUUCAAAGUCUGUUUCUGGAAUGAAGACAGAAGUGAUCAUCCAGCCAAUUGCCUGCAAAGACACAGCGCGACUAGGGCCUACCCUCCGCGGCCAGUUGCCCACAGACAUGUACUCUGUCAGGGAGGCUUCGCAUCACUCUAUUGAAAUUACUGCUUUUGAUUCGGCAUUGGGAGCAAAUGAAGGAGUUUCAAAGCCCCCCAUUGCCAUCCUGGCUGCUUCCGGCAGGUUUCCAGGUCGCGCUGACACGAUGGACGCCUUCUGGGACAUUCUUAUUCGUGGCGUCGACACCCACGAGAUGGUCCCUUCUUCUCGUUGGAGCUCCUCGGCUCAUGUUGGAGACACCAGCAAAAAGAACGUUUCAGGAGUCGGCUUCGGCUGCUGGUUGCACCAGGCAUCUCAAUUCGACAUUACCUUCUUCAACAUGUCUCCGCGAGAGGCUUCCCAGGUUGACCCCGCUCAACGCCUGGCUCUUUUGACAACGGCCGAGGCUCUUGAGCAGGCAGGCAUUGUGCCUGACCGUACGCCGUCUACUCAGAAGCACCGCGUGGGCGUUUGGUUUGGGUCUACCAGCAACGACUGGAUGGAGACAAACAGCGCACAGAGCAUCGACACUUACUUCAUUCCAGGUGGCAACCGUGCCUUCAUUCCUGGCCGCAUCAACUACCACUUUAAGUUCCGUGGGCCUAGCUACACCAUUGAUACCGCCUGUAGUUCCAGUCUCGCAGCUUUGCACCUGGCAUGCAACGCGUUAUGGGGAGGAGAGGUUGACACGGCCAUUGUGGGCGGCACCAAUAUUCUGACGAACCCCGACAUGACGGCUGGCCUGGACCGAGGCCAUUUCCUCUCUCACACGGGCAACUGCAAGACGUUCGAUGAUAGUGCUGAUGGCUAUUGCCGCGGUGAGGCCGUUGUCACUAUCAUUCUGAAGAGACUAGACGAUGCUAUGGUAGACAAGGAUCCGAUCCAGGCCUGCAUUCGCGGCAUUGCGACCAACCACAACGCUGAGGCAGAGUCUAUCACAAGACCUCACUCCGAGGCUCAGGUGGAGCUUUUUGAGCAUCUUCUCGCGGAGGCAAACAUCAGCCCCAUCGACAUUAGCUAUGUCGAGAUGCAUGGUACAGCCACUCAGGUCGGAGAUGCGGCCGAAACCACCUCUGUCGUGACAACGCUAUCCCCUUUCACGGCGCGGGGAUCAUCCGUCCGACCUGCGACACAUCCUCUUCACAUUGGUGCUGUGAAGUCAAACGUGGGACAUGGCGAGGCUGCUGCAGGCGUCACGAGUCUGGCCAAGGCGCUGAUGAUGAUGAAGCACUCCACCCUUCCGCCCCAUGCCGGGAUCAAGACCAAGGUCAAUCACAGACUGCCUGAUCUGCCAUCGCGUAACACCCACAUUGCAAUGGAACCAACUGAAUGGCCCAGGCCUCAGAAUGGCAAACGCAGGAUUUUACUGAACAACUUCUCCGCUGCUGGAGGCAACACCGCCAUGAUUCUGGAAGACGCACCCGUCCCCCGCAAGGUCGAGACCCGGGACCCGAGACAGCACCACAUUGUUGCCAUUUCUGCAAAGACUCCAGAUUCUCUGGUUUCCAACUUACGAAACAUGAUACAGUGGCUUGAUGGUCCCGCAUCACAUUGGGAUAUCAACCUUCUUCCCAAGCUUUCUUACACGACUACCUCUCGCAGGAUACACCACCGUCACAGAGUUGCGAUCCCUGCCGCCAGUCUCAAGCAGCUCAGGUCCUCUUUACAGAGAUACCUAGACUGGAGAACCAGGGACAAGAAGAGCGUUCCCAUUCUACCCCGGGGAGCAGACAUCGUGUUCACCUUCACCGGACAGGGCUCUACUCAGACCGGCAUGGGAGCUGAACUGUACAAACGCUUUACGGCAUUCAGGACCGAUGUGCAGCACUAUGACCAUCUAUGCAUCCAAAUGGGAAUGCCAUCGAUUCUUCCUGUCUUUGAGCAAGGAAGCAACUUCAGCAGUGGAUCUCCCACCCUGCUUCAGCUGGCUCAUGUCUGCUAUCAGAUGGCUCUCUGCAGACUUUGGCAAUCAUUCGGGGUAAGGCCUCAGACGGUUGUUGGUCACAGUCUAGGGGAGUAUGCCGCCAUGUACGCCGCCAGUAUGCUGUCUCAAGCCGACGUUAUUUACCUUGUCGGUAGCCGAGCCAAAUUGAUGGAGGAACACUUCUCAGUUGGCUCCUACAUCAUGCUGGUGGUGCUAGCACCAGAGGCCAACGUCCUCGCGGCAUUGCCAGAAUCCGCGAAGAAAGACUUCGAGGUUUGCUGCCGCAACGGAAAGCAUAACGUUGUGCUUGGUGGAAAGACUGCUCAGAUGUUGGAGAUCAGAGCCCUCAUUGAGUCGAAAGACAUGCGCUGCCACGUCCUCGACACACCUUUUGGCUUCCACACCUCGCAGGUCGAUCCGAUUCUUGUCCCGUUUUUUGAACUUUCAUCAAAGGUUCGGGUUCGUGACCCCGCUGUUCCCAUUAUCUCCCCGACCCUCAGCGAAGUUCUUCGCAAGUCAUCCGAGUUCGGUGAUGGCUACUUUGUCCGCCACUGCAGGAAUACUGUCAAUAUUCAAGAAGCUUUGAACAUUGCAAAGAGCGAGGGCCUCAUCAACGACAAGAGCAUUGCCGUCGAGAUCGGUCCGGCUCCGGUAGUCUGCCGCAUGGUCAAGGACGUCGUCGGACCCCAGAUGCAAGUAUUCGCUUCUCUGCACAAGGGAGUCGAUACCUGGCAACUACUAGUGGAAGCUAUGGCCGGCAUGUACAUGGCUGGCGUCGACAUCGAAUGGGAAAAGUACCACGAAGACUUCCCAGAGUGUCAAGAGGUCUUGCAGUUGCCAGCCUACGGAUGGACGCUGAAGGAGUAUUGGAUGCAGUAUGUCCACGAUUGGAGUCUUCGCAAGGGCGAUCCGACUGCCAUAUUGGGCCCUGCCAGGUUCCCCCACUCUUCUAUCUACAGAGUGGUGAAGGACACCUUGAGGGGAAGCGCCGCUGGGCAGGUAGUAGUCGAUAUUGACCUUAACUCAAAGGACGUACAUUCUAUGGCUCAGGGACACAAGGUCUACGGUGUUUCGCUGUGCACUCCGUCUGUUUACGCCGAUAUCUCUCUCAUGAUCGGCAAAUACGUCACGCAAGUCACCGGUAUGGCCGUCGAUGAAACGGUCACCGAGAUCGCAGAGAUGCACAUCCAGAGCGCCUUGGUUGCGAACGAUAUUGGCAAGAAACAGAUCCUCCGCACCGAUGCCAAGUUUGACAAGGAGAGCCACACCGUGUUUUGCACCUUCUCCAGCGUGGAUAGCAAGGAUAAGGUCAUCGAGCAACAUGCCAAAUGCAAGAUUCGCUUCUCCCCUGCCGAGGCAGUCAGAUCGGACGCCACCAUUAAGGCGGCUUCGUCAGAUGCAUUGACUCGCUCGAAGGCUCUACAUGCACAAAUCGGAGAGGCUGGAAACACCUUCCGAUUCAGCAAGGCCAUGAUUUACAAGAUGGUCACCCAGCUUGCCGACUUCGAUCCCAAGUACCGUGGUCUCUCUGCGGUCACUCUCAACAACGACACUCUCGAAGCGGCCGGCAUGGUUUCUUUCAAGGGACUUCCCGAUAAUGACACUUGGUUUUCUAACCCGGGGUACCUCGAUGCGAUAUUGCAGCUCGGGGGUUUUGUCAUGAACGCCAACGAGGGUGUAGAUCUGGAGAAGGUGAUCUUUAUCAACCACGGGUGGGGGUCCAUGAAGCUCCUCACUCCCAAGCUUGACCCGAACAUGACUUAUUACUCGUAUGUCAAGAUGACCGAGGGCGAGAGCAACGUGUGGAUGGGAGACGUCAUUGUUUUUGAUGAGAGCUACAGCCUUGUCGGGUUUGUCCGAGGUGUCACGCUCCAAGGGGUUCCCAAGCGACUCAUGCAGUACAUCGUCAACUCGGCCAAUACGAAGGUUUCUGGUAGGGGUGUUUCAUUUGCAGAUGAAGGCGCACCUAUGCAACCAAUUUCACUGUCGCCAACGCUCGAGAGGCAUGCCGACGUUGCCCUAACGACUGCAAUCGACGCUGCCCCUCGGCCGGCUGCUGAUACCCAGAACGGGUCCGCGAACAUGUGGAAAGUCGCUCUCACAAUCCUUUCAGAAGAGAGUGGUAUCAACAAGGGAAGCCUUGAUGAAGAUAUUGCCUUGGCAGACCUGGGCAUCGACUCUCUCCUCUCUCUGGUUAUCUGCGGUCGUAUCCGCGAUGAGCUAGAUAUCGAUCUGCCUGAGCGAGCCCUCUUUGUUGAGUGCAACACCGUUGGCGAUGUCAAGCUGCGGAUUUGUGGACUGGAGCUGGUUUCGCCUGUGUCUUCGCCGACAAUGUUUACAGACAGUGAUUCUGCCUCCGUGGACUCAGAGUCGCCGGUUCUGGUAGAGAGACUCUCGCCCAUUCUGGACAUGAACACUGAAGAUGCGUGCCCCCCUCCAGCAUCGUCUCGCGACCAGGUGUCUAUCCUAGACUUACAGAAAAACAUCAUCAAGCUGAAGGCCGCACCGAUUCCACCCGCCCGGUCCAUGUAUCUACAGGGCUCUCGGAAGAGGUCCACUCAGACGCUCUUCUUGUUCCCUGAUGGCUGCGGUGCUACUACGUCUUACCUCACUCUUCCGGCCAUCUCCCCGACCACGGGACUUGUGGCGUUCAACUCGCCGUUCAUCAGGACUCCAUCUCGCAUGUACGACCACAACCUCCAAGAAGUACUCAACUCAUACCUCGCUGGUCUCCGCAACCGUCAAGAGAAGGGCCCUUACCACCUCGGAGGGUGGUCGGCCGGCGGAAUUCUCGCCUUCGCUGUUGCCUCACAGCUGAUAGUCGCGGGUGAAAAGGUCGCCUCACUGACCUUGAUCGAUUCGCCACCACCCAAUAGCGGGUUGGACUGCCUGCCAGACAGGUUUUACGAGCAUUGCACAAAGGUCGGCAUCUUCGCCAACGAAAUGCGGCGGGGUGCCGAUGACGCUCCGCCGCCCGACUGGCUGAUGCCGCACUUUCGUGCCUCGACCCAGUUGCUCAAUGACUACCAUGCCCCUCCGUUGUCACCUUCUGGCGCAAGGGGACUGCAAGUCAACAUUAUCUGGGCGGGCAAGUGCGCAUUUGACGGUAUCCGCUACCCAAAAAUCCCCCCGCCCAAGGAAGGGGAGGUGGAUGUGGAAGACAUGAAGUUCCUCACGGAACGCAGGAAGGAUUUUGGGCCUGGGAAGUGGGCUGAGCUGUUCCCUGGGGCAAAUAUCACCAGUAGAGUUGUGUGGGGUGAACAUCACUUUAGCAUGAUGCGCGGAGAGGGCGCUGAAAGACUGGUAGAACUUGUGAGAGAUGGUUUGGGGAGAGCUUCUUCUGCAUAA